CUGAAGACAAUUGUAAUGAAGACAGGACUAAAUGUAUGGGAUUCUAGUUGAGAUACAUCUACGGAUCCAGCGCCUGCUCAUCAUUAAGUGUGUGGACUCGACUCGUGCUGGUUACUCCUUGCCGUGACACAAGGAUAAAACCGUGCCCUAACCCUAAGCUUAUACUGUCGGCCACGAGGCCAAGGGUGACGGAGUUUACCUAUCUACCUAUCUGUUCCCCACAUACUUUGUCAGGACGUCGGACGAUCAAAAACCAGCCCCAAUGCUGCUGGAAGGGUCAAGCCCGGACAUGAUGGCAGCUCAGUCCAAGCUGUUGUUCCAGCUCAACAAAUACUACAAUGAACGGGUGCAGUCCCGGAAGGGAACGGUGUCCAAGACUGUCCGCGAGGUCUGCAAGGUGGUGCAGGACGUCCUCAAAGAAGUAGAAGUCCAGGAACCAAGGUUCAUCUCCUCCCUGACCGAAGUGAACGGCAGGUAUGAGGGUCUGGAGGUUGUGUCCCCUUCAGAGUACGAAGUGGUGUUGUACCUCAAUCAGAUGGGGGUGUUCAACUUCGUGGACGAUGGCACUAUCCCCGGGUGUGCUGUGCUCAAGCUGAGUGAUGGACGAAAGCGAUCUAUGUCUCUGUGGGUAGAAUUUAUCACAGCAUCCGGGUACCUCUCAGCACGGAAAAUCCGUUCCCGUUUUCAGACGCUCGUGGCCCAGGCUGUUGACAAAUGUAGCUACCGAGAUGUUGUGAAAAUGAUCCCUGAUACCACGGAAGUAAGGUUGAGAAUCAAAGAACGAUUUAUAGUUCAGAUUACCCCUGCGUUUCGAUGUGGAGGUAUUUGGUGCCGAUCGGCCGCCCACUGGCCGGUUCCUCACACCCCAUGGCCAAACCCAAACCUGGUGGCAGAGGUGAAAACCGAGGGAUUUGACUUGUUAUCUAAAGAGAGUAUCUACAUGAAGGAUAAACAGUCGGCGGCGGAGGGUGACGCCUGGGUGAUGUCAUUCCGCUAUGCCGAGGACAGACUACUGUACGGGGGAUGUAGAAGGAAAUGUCUGAGCAUUCUCAAGGCUCUACGGGACCGACACCUGGACCAGCCCGGCCAACCUAUUAUGAGCUACCACCUGAAGACCCUGCUCCUUUACGAGUGUGAAAAACACCCGCGAGAAGUGGAAUGGGACGAUACCUGUUUGGGGGACAGAAUCAACGGAAUUCUUCUUCAACUUAUAUCCUGUCUUCAAAACAGACGGUGCCCCCAUUAUUUUCUGCCAAACGUUGAUCUCUUCAAAGGAAAGUCAACAUCAGCCAUGGACAAUGCUGCUAAACAGGUAUGGAGAAUACUUCGAGAACUGCUCACAAAUCCAAGAAGCCUGGACAAGCUCUGACAAGCAACACUUGUGUUUUAGGAUUUUUAAUUCUUGUUGGUGUAAUUCUACAAUGGAAGUAUUGUCAUCGGGCUCUUGUGACGUGGUAAGUGCGUGUCUACAGCGAGCUUGCAUGUGAUAUCACUGACGCUAUUUCCCCAUUUCCAGGGGACGUAUUUAUACCAAAAUCGGGCAAAUAUACCAUUUACCAUUCGAGAACUAUUCAUAUUCUCGCCACUGAACAAUACUCAAAAUUCCUAUGAUGGGACAUGUGAUUACUUUGUGACUCAACAGAAGACGUUUCAGGUUGAAAUGGCAUAUCCAAAGAUUCGUGUAUCAUUUUUAUCGCAGUAUUUACUGCAAAUGAACUUUUAAUAUCGUUGCACCGUAUGCUCAUGUGUACAUAUGCUUCAUUCUUUUCAUUUCUCCCAUGCUCAUGUCGGUGUAAAAUUAUGUAUUUAAGUAAUCGAAAUAAACCGCGUAUUACAUUGAAA